AUGCCUUCGAAAAGACACGAAACGGCAAUGAAGUUCCUCAGUUCUUGGGACCCCUUCACCGCCGACUCUCUCCUUGCCAUCCGCACGUCCGACUGCACGCAGGGCUAUACACCCGCUCCCGGCGGCCUCAAACCAUGGACAAAUCAGCAGGUGCGCGAGUUUUACGAGCCGCUCCAAGAUGUGUUGCAACACACCCGCUUCGAGGUGCACGAGAUGGUGGAAGAUGCCGGCGCAAACAAAAUCGCAAUCCGGCUGAGUCUUACAACGACGUUCAAGCAAGCAGAGGUCGAGCCGUAUGUUGGCACAUAUGUUUUCUUCCUGGAUUUCAACGACACUCAGGACAAGGUCUCGCGGCUACUCGAGUUUUGUGACACGGCCAAUACGCCGAACUUGAUCAAGAAGAUCAACCAGGCAAAGAAGGUUCUAGGGAGGCCCGGGAUACCGAUGCCCAGUGGUAAUUCUUAG